AUGUCAGGAGGCUUUAAUUUUCAGGUUACUGAUGGUUUGAACUUUGCACCACGACAAAUUUUUAGCAUCACAGCUCGAGCUCUGAUCAUUAGCUUGGAAGUAAACAGAGGACUGAGCAUCUUCCCAGGUUCCGUGAAGCCCCUUUCAUCUCAUGAUCUGAGAGCUGUGACCAAUGACGUGGACAGUGCAGGAAACAGAACUAAAACCUUUACUGUCAUAUGUUCCCCUAGACUCGGGAGGCUGCUAUGUGUCAAUUCUGACAACAGCACAGAGGAUGUUUCCGUGUUUACGCAGAAUCUGGUGAGUGAACAGCUGAUAUUAUACCAGCAUAUGGACUGGGAAAACACAGGCUGGACUGCGGAAGACUCUUUCACGUUCACAGUGUCCUACCUGCCAGCAGCUCUAGGCCCUGAGGAGUUUCAUAUAACUAUUUCAUAUGAAAUUAACGAACCUGGUCGGCAGAGUCGUCUGCUUGCAAAUACAGAGGCCUUGUCUGACCACUCCAUUUAUAUGGACUCAGUCACCACAAUGGACCUAUGUCCUUCUUCCUGGCCACUGAGCACUGGAACCUCCUUCCUAUGUCUGGGAAAUCUCUGA